AUGGCGGCCACAGCUCGGAACAUCGCCUGCUUCGCCCUGCUCGUGUCGAUCAUGGCUCUCCAAGUUCCGUCCUGCAUCGACCAGCGGGGUACUACUAGUGCGGGCACCACUACCACGGCAUCCCCGUCCGCUCCGCCUCCCCUCUUCGACGACAGCGCUCUGAAGGCGGCCAUCCUGGCGCUGGCCGGGAUGGAUGCCGUCCUCAUCGCCGCGGCGGUCAUCUACACUCUACAGCCGCCACACGCACCACGCCGCCGGCGCCGUCGGCGCGUCUCGGAGCUCGCCUUCUUCGUGUUGUGCCUGCAGGUUGGCGUCCUCCAGUUCGUCCUGUUCGUCCAGCAGCCCGCAGCGGCAGCUGACCACGCAGCUCGUGCGCUCGGGACCAGUGCUGCCCGUGCUUUGCCCUGCGUUGCCUCCGUCACCUUCUUUCUGGGCAUCACCCUCGUCUAUGCGCACGUGGGCAACGGCGGCGGAGGUGCUGUCGCUGGCAACGGGCCUGUCCCGGCGCCCGCCACGGCCACCAUCAGGCUCCUCGCCGAUAUGACGCUCGGGGCUGCAUCAGCCUGCCUGAUGAGCAUCAUCCUCGCCUUGCUCUACAUCAACACCAAGUGA